AAUUGCCGACUCCAUGAUGCCAUUUGUCAACAACGGUCAAAAUGGAGGCGAGUGUGUGUUCAUAGUCUUUCCACGAUACGCUGAUCAGAUCAGAAAUCAAAAGUAGAUUAGAUCUAUUCAAUGGUUGUCACAAUGUAUACCUUUGCAUGCUGUGAUUGAAAAAAAAGAGAGGAAGAAAAUCAUGUCUACAUUGAAGCAGAAGGAGAUAAGACCGCUUCUGGAGGGAAAUGAACUCUUUCCUAAAGGGAUGACGACGGGGAAGGGCCGGGUGAAAAUGUACAUUCCCGAGGACAAAGUAGAGAUCGAUGACGAUUUUGAGGAUGAGAUUCUGAUGACAGAGCGUCGUCGUAAGAGGAGAGUGUCAUUGCUGUGGCAGGACUGCUUUCUCCUUAUUGUGGACUUCCUGCAGUUUUUUGCUAUUCUCCAGUCUAUGGCUCUGCGGUGGACAUGGCCAGAGGCCUGGCUCUCCAACACAUACUUUGUCUUUCUGUUCAAUCUGGAUGUGUUUGAAUUUGUGAAGCUGCACACCACUGGUGUAUACAUCAGUGUGCAGAAUCACUACACACCAAGCUCCUCUGUGCCGGUUCAGUUCUGGGCUAUUUCCAUUGGCUGGCUUAUGGUCAUUUUGAUACUAAGUGCAGUCUACCCCAUAAUCUAUGUAGUUCUGUGGUACAGAAAAAGCCCUGCCCUAAUGACAAAGAUGGCCUAUGUGCGACGUGUGUAUUGUGUGAUCAUACAGGCUCUGACACUCCCACUUGCCACAUAUGUAGGUCAUGUCUUUCAGUGCACAGACACGGACACUGUGGAUGUUAUGAAUGACUUGAAGUGUUUCUAUGGCCUUCACUGGUUGUAUAUUACAUUUGGUCUGGCUAUUUUGUUGUUUCUCUUUGUCUUGUUCCCUGUCUACAUGGUGUAUGUCACCAGGUCGGAGUCAGUUGGUUCAUGCUCAAAGCACCACGAGUCUUUCCUGCUUCUGAAGGAGACAGAGUAUAAAGUAGGACUAAACAAAUGCUGGCUAGUGGGAGACAUGUAUAUUUUUUCUUCGUUCCGAUUCUGGGGACUCUAUCACAGGGCUGUGAUGCAGUGGCUGAAGCUACCCAUUAUCAUCGCAUUUUGUGCAGGUUUCGAUAACAUUUCCAGCCAAUCAUUAGCAGUGACUCUGCUCUUUUUCGGUUAUUUCUUGGUGUUUAUUUUUAUCCGUCCCUACAGAAUCCUUGUCUACAACUUAAUGAUGCUGCUGUCAUUCCUGUGCCUUGGUAGUCUGGGAAUAAUUGGCUCGAUGGUAUCACGCUACAAUGUCUACAACCUGUCCAGUCCCUGGCUCCUCCCUCAAUACUCUAAGUGGAUCCUCACAACCAUCGUAGCAGGCUGGGGAGUGUUCUGGUUCAUGUUCAUCGUGUACCUGGUGAUUCGUAGCAUCCUGUAUCAGAGGAAGAUAAUAACUACUCCCCUGUGGCCCACCUUUUCAACUUCGGACAAUGACCACCUGAGUUUACAAACCAAGAAAUUCCUCAAAACAUUUCUACAUGCCAAAUUUGUGUUAGAGAGAACACAGCGUAGCCCGGUGAUCUUCGCUCCAGUCCACGACUUAUCUAGACAGAUACAGAUCUUGAAUGCUUACUGUCGCGAGGCAGAAUUCCUGGGUGAUGCUCUCCAUGGUACAAUGUGGGAUCUUUUAGACGAGAUGAUUGAAAUUCAUGCCAAGCUGGCACAAAAAUCGCUGUUUGCAGAGACAGUGAAAGAGUCAAUCAGGAAGACAGCCAAGGAGUUCCUCUCCGUGAUGCCGAUGUUCUGCCAACGUCUCGCACAACGCGACUAUGACCUCAUUCUGGUGUCUCCAAUGAAACGACGCAUGCUCCUUAAGAUGUUCUGCAUGGGUGUUUUCCUGAAUGGUCGAAGAGAAAAAGUAAGAAAGGAUAGGCUGUUUAUCCAGCCAGCAUUAGAGAAAAUCUGGCAUGAAGAACCAUACAGUCUGAAUCUAGAAGAGGAGGAUGGAUAUUUUGAGGACCUGUAUCCCGACCCACUGGAACUCAAGAGUGACGACUCAUCUGUGGACCUCUCCAUGGCUAGCUCAGAGUCCGAGGAGGAAGAAGAGAAUUUGACAGGCAUCAUGAGUCAGCUCCAAGAGGAGGAAGAACUGGAAUUCGAGCAGCUCCGAUCCCAGUCUCUGCUUCUCGACCUAGAUCAACAGUCAGCUGAUCCCUCCCCCACCCCAACUGGUAGCCGCCCAAGCUCAGCCGUACAUAGCGACUCUCCUCGACCAAAGAGUGCAUCAUCCAACCAGAGAUCCAGAUCAGGAGCAUCCAUUCCCAGGUCACGACCUACCUCAGGGUCACAUUCCACCAUUAUAGGGCCGGGUCUGAAACAGAAUUCUGGAUCUUCUGUCAGUGGAUCUAGACCAUCCUCCGGGAGGUCCACUCACAGUAAGCAGUCAAAGACAGAUCAGAACAAAGACGAUGAGCAAGGCCAUGUCAACCCAGGAUUUGUGGAGGAAACACCGUCACCACAAGGGAAACACAAAAGCGGAGAAACUCCAACCAUGAAGAAAUUUGGAGACGCCAAAGUUGUAGCAGGAAGACUGAGGAAAAAGCGCACCAAAAAGCGAGACUCGGAGGCCUAACACCUGAAGGAGGGGUGUGCAGCAGUGUCAGUUCCUGUGGCUGGCCCACAUCCUCAGACACGUACUGCAGAAAAUGAAUGUGACAUUUUCUAUUUUGAUAAAUGAUUUUUUUGUAUUCCGUCCAUUUUAUUUUCAUAUUUCUUGAAAUAAUAUUAUUUGUUAACAAUAAUUUAGACAUAGAUUUAAUUAUAUUUAUAUAUUUCUUUUUUAUUUAUUUAUUUAAAUUUGCUAAUGAGUUAAUUCUGUCCACUUUACACCCUUUACUUCUUAAGUUUUAUAUUUAAUUUGUUAUGUGUUGAUCACAUGUUACAAGUAAUUUUGUGCAAUGAAAACAAAUGUGAUAAUUGAUUUAUUUUUAUGCCUCUGGAAUCCUAGAUUUGAGGGAUAUGGUUUUUUGUCCUGUUUGUCUGUCUUUUAAAGUAUAUAAAGUGAAAGGGCUUUUAUAUCUAGUGCCCAUGACACCUCACAACAAAGCCUUUCCAAUAUUUGACCCUGUAUGACCUUGACCAUUUACCACCUUAAUAUUACAAACUUUGAACAUUGUUAACAAUGAUGAUGAGAAAGCUAUGAUUUGUAAUGGGUGUAAUCUUUGAAAAUUGGUUCCCCAACAGUACCACAGUUGAAAACUAUAAGUGAUAGGGCUUUUAAUUAAUAUGUAGUGGGGGGGGGGGGUUAUAAACCUUGUGACAAGGCCUCUCCGAUGAUACAUGGCUGUGCUAUUUGCAAAACAUGGCUAUGCUGUGUCGGGAGACAAUCAUGUUUACAAAAAUCAUCUUGUUUCUGUUUUACACACUCGUUAUAUGUUUACUCACGAAAAUCUCUUAAUAUGCACCAACAUACAAUCAAGGUUUAUUGUAGAAUAAUUGAUUGAUUGCUAUUUUGUAUUAUAUUUAGAUUUGUAUUAUCAACAUAAUACUGACCAUAUUAAAAAUGAAUAAUGUU